CUUUUGUAGACCGGAUAGAUUUUUUUUUUUGCUUCCUCUCCGCUUCUUUUUCGUCGCAUUAGCUGUUUCGCCUUUCUCUUCCUGUGUCUCCCUUGCUUCUUGUUUCCAUCCUUUUCGCUGUUCUUUUGCUUUAUUUAAAAAAGCGGACCUUAGAGGUCGACUUUCGGGUUUCGGCGGAUUGUUAUCAGGGGAUUAACAAGGAUCUUUUUGGAGGUUGGUUAAGGGAGUUGAUGUUGUUCGCGGCGUUUGAUUUGAGGUUGUAAGUUGGGGAUUUGAGGUUAUAUUGUUUUGGCUGAAGAAGCGGAAGGAGGAAGAAGAGGCAGGAGAAAUUAUUUAUUUUUCUGCUGCUUUGGGUGGAAUCAUGUCGCAGACCAAUUGGGAAGCUGAUAAAAUGUUGGACGUGUAUAUUUAUGAUUAUUUGGUCAAAAGAAACUUGCAAACCUCUGCAAAAGCUUUUCAAGCUGAAAGGAAGGUCUCUUCGGAUCCUGUUGCAAUCGAUGCCCCUGGUGGUUUUCUCUUUGAAUGGUGGUCGGUUUUUUGGGAUAUUUUCAUUGCAAGGACGAAUGAGAAGCAUUCUGAUGUCGCUGCAUCAUAUAUUGAAACUCAAUCAAUGAAAGCUAGGGAGCAACAACAACAGCAGCCACAACAAUCUUUGCCAACGCCGCAGCAGCAACAACAAGUUCAAAUGCAACAACUUAUGCUGCAGAGGCAUGCUCAACAACAACAGCAGCAGCAGCAGCAGCAACAUCAACAACAACAACAAACAACAACAACAAAACAACAAAACAAAGGAGAGAUGAAGCUCAUCUUCUAA